AUGGGCUGGUUUUGGGCCGACGCUCCUGCGCAUCCCCACGGCGCCCUCCCGUCGGGCUCGCCUCCACCCAGCUGCCCGAUGCACAAGAAGACAGCCGAGGCCCUGAACACGACACCAAAGCCCUCCGCCUGCCCCAUCCCUCACGACCAACGCCACUUCGCGACACCACCACCUCCGCCAUCAGCAUGCCCUGUACCCCACGACCAGCGCCACGCCGGCCCUCCCCCGUCCUCAUGUCCCGUCCCCCACGACCAACCGAAGCCCGAGUCCAAGUCCAUCCUCUCCCAGCUGAACCCCCUCAACUACAUGUUCAAGGACAUCUCCCAGGCGCCCGCCCAGAACCAGGCCAUGGCCUUGCCCACCGAGCGCGAGCCUUCGACGAUACCAAAGGGCUCCGGCGACGGUAACUGGGAGUACCCCUCGCCCCAGCAGAUGUACAACGCGCUGCUGCGCAAGGGUUACACCGACACUGACAUCACUGCUGUUGAGUCCAUGGUGUCCGUCCACAACUUCCUCAACGAGGGCGCCUGGGCCGAGAUCGUCGGCUGGGAGGACCGCUUCAGCCAGGGCCUGUACAAGGGCUGGCAGGUCUGCAAGCGCGGCGAGGAGAACUCGGAGGCGGAGCUCGAGAAGAUGAGGACCGGCACUGAGGACAUCCCCUCCCUCGUCCGCUUCCAGGGCAGGCCCAAGGACAUGACUCCCAAGGCUAUCAUGUGGCAGGUCCUCGGAACCCUCUACCCCUCAAAGUUUGAGACCGAGCCCCCCUUCGACCGCCACGACUGGUUCGUCUCUCGCAGGAUCGGCGGCACCACCAAGGAGAUCCGCUACAUUAUCGAUUACUACUCCGGCGAGGCCGACCCCGACAGCGACGAGCCGGUGUUCUACCUCGACGUCCGCCCGGCCAUGACGCCCCUCGGCGCCGCGGAGCGUCUCAUCAGGUGGGGCAGCGAUGUCUGGUGGAAGGCCUCGGGCGCCGAGGUCCGCGAGCGGGAGCAGCUCGAGCAGCUGCAGCAGAAGAAAUAA